CCUUUGUUUGGCGUGUUCUGCCUACAACUAUGGCAGCAGCUGAACACCAACAUCGUUUCUUGUCUGUGAUGCUUCUUCUUUUAGUUUUCUCAUCAGGCAUUGCCAACGGGCGCUCAGUCAUCAAAACCCUACCGGGGUUUUCUGGUGAACUUCCAUUCUAUCUUGAAACUGGGUAUGUGGGUGUAGGUGAAAAUGAGGAAGUGCAGCUGUUCUACUAUUUUGUUAAGUCACAGAGGAAUCCAGUAUUUGACCCUCUUAUGCUUUGGCUCUCUGGAGGCCCCGGUUGUUCCACUCUCACUGCAUUCUUCUAUGAAAACGAAUGUACUUUUAAGCAAAAUGUAAGUACAUUUUGCAUAGGUCCCCUAACUUUCAAUAUUCAAGAAUAUGAAGGAGGCUUACCGAAUCUUUAUUUGAAAGAGAACACAUGGACGAAGACCCUCAACAUAAUAUUUGUAGAUGCUCCUGUGGGUAGUGGAUUCUCUUACUCAGAAACACAAGAAGGUUACAUUAUGGAAGACUUGAAAUACGCAGCACAGACAUAUGAAUUCCUCAAGAAGUGGUUGGUGGAUCAUCCCGAGUUCCUGAAAAAUGAGCUCUACGUUGGCGGUGAUUCAUACUCGGGCAUACCUGUCCCAAUGGUCGUUCAAGAGAUAUAUUAUGGUAGUCCAAGCUUGAACCUCCAAGGAUAUGUGCUUGGGAACCCGCUGACUGAUACAGAUAAUGAUAUGAAUUCAAGAAUUCCAUUUGCACACCGGCUGACUCUUAUAUCUGAUGAACUCUAUGAGUCUGCCAAAACAAGCUGCAAUGGCGAUUAUGUGACAGUAAAUGCAAGCAAUGAACAAUGUGUUGCAGAUAUGGAAGCCAUUAGUAAGUUGAUCGAUCAAAUAUACAUAAUGCAAGUUUUGGAACCAAACUGUGGUAUUUCAUCCCGAAAACCAAAGGAAGGAGAGUUGAAUCAUACACAUUUCCUCACACAACUUGGUGAAAAAUCUGCGUACUUUUGCCAUGAAUACAAUUAUUUGUUUUCUGAAAUAUGGGCCAAUAAUAAAGAUGUACGAGAAGCACUUCGCGUUAGAGAGGGGACAAAAGGCCAUUGGGUAAGAUGCAAUAUUACCAACCUAGCUUUCACAAAGGAUGUAACAAGCACUGUCGCUUAUCAUCAAAAUCUCACUAAUACAGGCCUUCGAGCUCUAAUAUACAGUGGUGAUCAUGACAUGUCCAUUCCACAUAUUGGCACACAAGAAUGGAUAAAUUCACUUAAUUUGACAUUAGAAGAUCCUUGGCGAACAUGGUAUACUGAUGGUCAAGUUGCGGGAUACACAGAAACGUUUACAAAUGAUGACUUUGAUCUAACAUUUGCAACUGUAAAGGGUGCAGGUCAUGUAGCCAUUGAGUACAAGCCCAAGGAGUGUUAUGCCAUGAUUGAUAGGUGGUUUGCUCAUUAUCCACUCUAGUUAACAGUAAUUGCUUGACAUCCAUGUGAUCCCAACUUGUAUAAGGCAUGUGAUGCGGGUGAAAAGGCUGAGGUGAUCAUCAAAGGCCCAUUUGAGAACAAACAAAGGCCUUAGUUUUUUAGGUCCUAUUUGACAUGAAAUGUAUUAUCAAUAAUUAUUCAUACAGUAUUUAAGUAAAAUGAGUCGCGUGGAGAAAGACCUGUGUUUUUAUACAGUAUUUAAAUAAUGUGUUUUUAAGUACAUCAUUGUAGGUGAUAAUUAUGUAAC